AUGGAGAAUAAACUGUGGGCAGCAAUGCAAUUUUUAUUGUUACGAUCCUCAGUCAGACCCCAAGUUUUUGCUAAGAUCUGGUUAGGAUCUGAAGCAAGUCUCUGCAAAAUGAGGCUCCUACUCUUCAUUCUGAGUGCCUACCUAGUUCCUGUGCCUACACUUUGUGGAAUUAAGCCUUUAGAUGAACAUUUCGGCGAGGAGGCAACUGGCAAACCACCAAGGCCUCGAACCAGUUUGGACAGCGAGGAGGGUGACAUUGAAAGUGUCCAACCUCAAUUCGAUAAAGAUGAUACCUUAACGCAAGAUCUCCUUCCAGAAGGAGACGAGGAAGAAGACUACCUAAAUUUUGAUAGUCUAUUGGCAGAGGAGGAUGACGAUUACAUUGAUGAAAUUGACGAGUUAGAAGUAGUACCAGAAGUGGACAUGGAGCUUGAACCUGCAGAUCCAGUGGCCAAAAGAGCCAGACUACUUAAGCUAUUCCGCGGAAAAACCAGGAUUCAACGCUUGAACACUGUCAACGCAAACUUUGCUUUUGGUCUUUAUAGAAGCAUCAGGAAUGUUGUUGAUCAAUCUGAUAACAUUUUACUAGCUCCAGUUGGCAUUUCAAUAACCCUGGGCAUGGUUUCUUUAGGUGCAGAACAUGAAACCCAUCAGCAGCUAUUCCACACACUUGGUUUUGCGGAUUUUGUAAACGCAAGUGUAAAAUACGACAUAAUGACCGUUCAUAACCUCUUCCGCAGGCUUACCCAUCGCCUCUUUCGCCACAACUUUGGUUACACUCUCCGGACUGCUAAUGCUCUGUUCAUACGGCAGGACGCACAGAUUCUGAACAACUUCACACAAAAUAUGAAAACUUAUUACUUUGUCGAACCUCAGUCAGUCAACUUUUCUGACCCUAUUUUGAUCAGUAAAAUAAAUGACCGUAUUUUGAGACUCACCAAAGGACUGAUUAAGGAAACCUUAAAAACAUUAGAUCCACAAACUCUAAUCAUGAUUCUAAACUGCUUGUACUUGAAAGGAACUUGGGAAACUAAAUUUCCGAUUGAAAAGACGUACAGAGGUUCGUUCUGGUUGAACGAGAAGAACACGGUGAGAGUGCCUAUGAUGCAAACAAAGGGAAACUUCCUGGCAGCUGCAGAUCGCGAGCUGGAAUGCGACAUUCUGCAGCUGACGUAUGUGGGAAACAUCAGCAUGCUGAUCGUGGUACCCCGGAAAUUCUCUGGCAUGAGAACCAUUGAAAAGCAGCUGAUGUCUGAAGUGGUGGUGAAGUGGUUAAACAGCAUGACUAACAGAACAAGAAGAGUGGUGCUCCCCAGAUUCAAUCUGGUGAAGCACUAUGACCUGGUGCCAUACUUGAAGACUUUGGGAUUGACAUUACCUUUCCAAACAGAAGCAGACUUUACUGGAAUAUCAACUAAGGAGAAUCUGGGCAUUAACCUGUUCAAACACCAAGGAUCAAUAACAGUGAAUGAAGAAGGGACAACGGCAGCAUCCGUGACAACAGUUGGCUUUAUGCCCCUUUCCUCGCAGAAUGAAUUUUCUGUCAACAGACCCUUUUUAUUUCUCAUAUAUGAGCACCGUACAGAAUGUCUGCUGUACAUGGGACGAGUGACAAACCCCCAGAAUAAUUAA